CUUCCAAUUCUCUCUCAAACUUGACAGAAUGGUGAUGAAGAAGCAGAGCUUGGGUCGUCAAAAGAUCGCGAUCGCUAAGAUACCCAAGAAAAAUCAUCUGCAAGUCACAUUCUCCAAGCGUCGCGCUGGACUUUUCAAGAAAGCGAGUGAGCUUUGCACACUCUGUGGUGUAGAGAUUGCCAUAAUAGUAUUUUCACCAGCUAAUAAGGCCUUCUCCUUUGGCCAUCCGGAGGUUGAAUCCAUCAUGGAUCGAUUUCUUUCCCGAAACCCUACGCCGGAUUCUGGCACACACCAGCUCCUUGAGGCUUAUCGAAACGCUAACGUUCGCGAGCUUAAUAUGCAGUUGACUCAACUACUUAAUCAGUUGGAAGUUGAGAGAAAAAGAGGAGAAGAACUUAACCAGAUUAGAAAAGUUAGUCAGAGCCAGUGCUGGUGGGAGGCUCCGAUUGAAAAGCUUGAUUUGCAUGAGUUGGAGCAAUUGAUGAUGGCUAUGGAGGAGCUAAAGAAGAAUGUGACAAGGCAAGUGAAUAAGAUUUUGGUUGAUUCUACACAUCCACAGCCAUUUUUUGGUGUGGAUGGUAUGGGACAUGUUGGUGACUAUGAGACCAAACCAAGGGACUUGAAUGUUGUUGGUUCAACCAUGUCUCAUGGCUAUAAUCCUGCUUUAAUUAUUAAUCUCUUAACCACAAAGCAAGAACCAAGAACAUCAAGGUGGGUCAGGGCCCACAAUUUUCCAGACACCCUGGGUCUGAACUCUGAAGUUCUAAAAGGUCAAGGAAAUGAUUUAGGCCCAGCAGUCCUAACGGCCCAUUCGGCUACAUCAUGGACAUGGGCUAUCAAUUAA